GGCUGGGUUUACUGCGUGUGUAUGUGUGUGCGGUGUGUGUGUGCACGUUUUUUUUUUACUUUUGCAUGUAUCUGAGGAAUGACUGCGUACAUGUGAAAGUAUAAUUUCUCUGCCAUGUCGACAUCCGGAACGCUGACUAGUUACUACGUCGAUUCCCUCAUUCUGCCCGAGAGCGAGGAGGUCUCCGUGCCGAGGUACUCCUCCGGUCCUGGGCUCCAGCAUGGCAGGCAGCCCGCCUCCAUCGGCGACCACGGCGAGCUCGGGACUUGCACCUUCCCGUCCAAGCCUCCGGUGUUCGGGCCGCCGUGGAGCCACGUCCCGGCUCAGUUCCCGGGAACCUCUGUUUACCAUCACCACUAUGGGCACCCCCAGGGCCCGGUUGGCGCCGAUUCGGACGGGCGAUAUCAGUCGUGGAUGCUGGAGCCCAUGUCCGGUUCCCUGCCCAUGACCGGAUUACCGACCACCCAUCACUACGGAAUCAAACCGGAGGGUCUGGGGACGCGGGCUGAGGGAGCGCUGCCGGGCUCCCACACCGCGCUGCUGCUCUCCGAUUACGCGAACGGCACUCUGGCGACGACAUCACCGGUGGAGAAGGACGCGCUCUCCGGCCAGACGGGGGACAUGAGCGUGGAAGCGGUCGAAGAGAAACCCAUCCUCGAUCCAAAUAACCCAGUGUCCAACUGGCUCCACGCGAGUGCCACGAGAAAAAAACGCUGUCCGUACACCAAGCAUCAGAUCCUGGAGCUGGAGAAAGAGUUCCUCUUUAACACCUACCUGACCAGGGACCGUAGGUACGAGGUGGCGAGGCAGCUAAACCUCACCGAGAGACAGGUUAAAAUCUGGUUCCAGAACCGCAGGAUGAAGAUGAAGAAGUUUAAUAAAGACGGCCUACCGAAAGACGGGUGACUGAACCGUAUAGAGAGAAAAACAGUAUUAAGGCUGAUGAGCUUUUCUGUGUGGAAGCUCUUAACUCUGCUGGACCUUGUUUCUAAACUUCAUUGUCUUAUUGUUCUAUAUAACAGAAGCUAUUAGGCUUAAAUGUCUUAUUAAAAAAAGCAUGUUGGGCUUCAUUUUGCUGCGACUACCUUUAUAUUGCACAAUUUUAACAGUGCCCACUCGUUUAUUUUUUCAUAUGUUCCUUUCUUAUGUUGAUAUUUUUUUAUUAAUACCUCGUUAACGUGUAUUAGAUGGACUGGUCCCUGUGCUUGUUUGUGUAUGGAUGUUUCUAGCUGUGUGUUUGUAGCUAUAGGCUAUUUGUUGUCUAUCUCUGAGUCACUUGAGCGUCUAGCUUGUAAAGAAACUGUGUUUAUUUUAUUAUUUCUCCCUUACUGCUAUAGAACUAUGACUGAUGACCAUGAAUCUAACAUUGGACCCGUAGAACAGCCAGACUCAUCGCAUUUUGAAGUAUAGGUGCAUCAACCUCACAAACCUCUUGGAAAUGCUCAUAGGUUAAAACAUGAUGUAGAAGCUAAAUUACACGACAGUAUAUUGACUACCUAUAUGUUCUUCAACUACCUACAAUACGUUUCCCCCCCCGAUGGUGGAUUAUAAUAGAUUUGCUUGCAUUAGAUACUGAACAAUGUCAGAAUUUCAGGGAGUAACAUUUUGAAAGAACGUACUGUUUGUUAGUGAGAGAAAAAUGGAAUAAAAACACUGUAGGCUACUUAUUGAAUACCUCACGGUCUGUUGACCGUCUGAAUUUUGGUUCACAAAUGUAA